AAAGCAGUCAUGGCAGAAGAUGUCCCAGCUAUACCUUGCUACAAGAUAGUGUAUAGAUGCAUACUUGUGGCUGAGAUAGUUUUGAUAUGAAUCUGAGUGGGAGAGUUCAUAUGCUUGAUGGUAUACUACUCAGAAGAAAUCUUCAUUAUUGUGAUUAAUCUCAUGACGAUAUUAUUGUUGAGUGUCAGAAUCUUCCUUCUCGUAUGGACUUACGUCAAGGCAAGAUUUAGAGGGUAUCUGAUGUGAGCAAAAACAACUAUGUUUGUGUUCAUCCUCUUCCUAAACUCAUUUAAAACCUUGUUGAUUGCUGAUAUAGAAGAAGAAUCUGGCUUAGGAUUGUUAUUUGCCAACACAAUAAUCAUCAAUUUACUGGCCUUGCUAUUUGAGGUUGGAUCCUAUGGUAUUCUAUACAUGAAAAUAAAAUAUCUAAUCAAAGUUCCUUCUAAAAAGGAUUCAACUAUUAGAACAAAGAAGAAUAGCAACACUCCGUUUAAAUAUGAUCAGCUUGUGAAUACUGCAAAUUCUAAAGAGCAACAAGUUUUAGAGGAAAUGAGGUUUAAAUAAAGUCCUUUACAUCCUUAAGUGAGAUAGUCAUCUCUCAUUUGUUGGCCAGAAGAAUGAAAAACAAGAUACUGGAGAGAACAACGAUCAGAUUGAAGAUAUCAUAAAUGAUAUUGUCAAAGAAGAACAGAAAACUGCCAGUAACAUAUUUUCAGACUCAGGCAGCGUUGGAUCUUAUGGAAGUUUAGCUAGUUUGAGGAAGCAAAGACUUCUUGAAUCUGGAGAAAGCCCACAAUUUGGAACUGAAGUUGUCAGAGAGGAAUCAAAAUUAAAUUCCAGCAGCUAUAGCCCUGCUAAAAAUAACACUAGAGAAGAGCUCCAAAAUGCAUAUAUGAAGAAUAAUGGGCCUGUGAAUGUGUUUGAAAAGCGCCCAUCUUCAUUUAGCUUUAUGGGAUCUGAUCAAUCUUCACAGACAUCAGAAAGCCAAGCUAAAAACGGAGUCAGUACGUCCAGUAUAGGACUUAAUAGUGAAACAAGAACGACUCCUCAAUUUUCAGCUUUCCCAAAAAGUAUUAAGAAUAAAUCUAGCUUAAAGAGUUUACCGAGCUCGAGUCCAUUUAGAAACACUCUUGCUCAGAAGGCAGAGAUGGUUAGGAUGCAGAAAAGUGGUUUCCUUGCCCAAGAAUUUACUAAUAAUAAAUCCGUGAAAAGAAACUCUGCAGUUUCGAAGAGACCACAUAUCAGUAUCUCAUCAAUUUACACAGUUAAUUCAGGAGAUGAGAGCAAAGCCAGUGGUGCUUUUAUGAGCUAUGAGAUACAAUUAGCAGACCAACCUAAAUCCCAAAUUGUGUCAUCUCUUAGUUUUAGAAAUGAUCCCUCUAGUAGUGAUCCUCCUCUCAAAAAUGAUCCAUCUAGUGAAUCGAUAUGAGUGAAGAAGGAGAAUAAUCCUGAACAUUUAGAAAAUGGAAAGAGUAAAUAACCAUGAUAAUGAUUUUCUACACCCUUCUCUGUUAAUUUUUCACGGUUUAUUAAAAUUAU